AUGCUCGAGGAAGGCACACGAUCCGUGCAUGUCUAUUUUGGGGACUUUACGACUGCAGCGUCGUUGACAGACACGCAGCUUGAUUUGUAUCUAUCUCUACUCGAAGAAAGAACGAAACGAUUUUCGCACUCAUCCGUGGUGGAUGCUCAGCUGCAGACCUUGAUUCAUCCGUUCGUGACACAACCCCUAUACUCGAGAGCGAAGUCCGAUAACGAUCAAUGCGACCUCGACAACCACAUGUCUAUCCUUGCUCCCAUUAGUCUUCCCGAAGAUCUACCCCUUCUGAUUUUCAAGUUCGCAUCCGACGGCAUCGGAGACCGACUCUCCUUCGUCUCACAAGCACCAACUUUUUUGGCUCUUUUCAAAAACGUACCACACCUUCAUACUUUCAUCUCAAGGUAUGUCAGGGUAGAUCUAUCCAUGUUUAAAGAUGCAGGCGAGGAGCCUCCUCAAUUCUUUUCUUCUGCGCCGCCUCUCCUGGUCGGCGAAUUUUGUGGAUGGGAUUUCAAAAGGUUGUCCACUUCCCUUCAUCGGUUUACUGAUCUCUGA